CCAAAACUACUAGUCUAGUCAACAAACUUAGGGAAUUUCACCAUUCACCAUGAUUAUUUUUGUGUUGGCAAAACAGAUUCCCCCACGUGUACCUAUUAUUUAAAAAAAAACAUCAACACAUCUGUGGCACAUUAUGAUGGACUUUUUUAAUUUAGGAAAUUGCAUUGAGUUCAGUUUUAGACUGCAGAUCGGUUGGUGAUUAAAUUAAACUACGUACAAUUCCUCGUGUUUACAUUUCUUUUGUGUUUUUUUUUAAAAACAUUCAUCUGGCAUUUUAUAAUGGAUUUCCGCACUUUAUCUUCGAGCGAGUCAAUUAACCAAAUAUACGUAAGAUGCACCUCGUGCAAAAACUACUUGUCUUACUUCCCCGUGAUGUUAACCCAAGAAGAAACGUUAUGUGGAAGGUGCCCUUCGAAGAACAAUUCGAUUCGAAACGUCUCCUACGAAGCUUUGGCCCAAUUUGUGGCCUUUCCAUGCCGUUACCAACCUCAAGGAUGUUGCGAUAAAUUCCCUCCUGGAGAAAUACCGGAACAUGAAGACAACUGCGAGUUCCGGGUAGUUCCCUGUCCUUUGGACGAAUCAGUGGCGUGCAAGUGGCAAGGGCCAAGAACUGAAUUGUUACACCACUGUCUGGAUGAACAUUCUGAUUUGGUGCUUGAAAAUGGCAAAUUCGAGUUGAGCUUGACUGGUUCCGGAAAUUUUGUGAAUGUGAUAGAAUUUGAAAAAGUUCUGUUGAUUUUCAAAAGAAGUUUCGAUUUGGAACGCAAAUUAUUGAAGUUUGCAUUGUACAGAAGCAAACAUGAUCUAGGCAAUCAACAGUUUUUAUGCCGAUUAGAAAUUAAGGGCGAAAAUAAUACGGUGUCAGGUGAUUUUGAUUCAAGUCUAGAAGCAAAUUACAAGAUGGGUGAAAUUAGACUUGAAGCAAUAAUGUGUGUUACUAGUAUGGCUGUUGGGAAAUUAAUGAUUAAGAAACUUAACCAAAAAAACACCAAAGUUGAUGAAAAAAUGCUCACGCUUUUGAAGUGUAUAAAGUGUUCAAAUUACGCUGUCCCACCGAUUCAUUACUGUACGGAAAAAUCGAAUGUUGUUUGUUCAGAGUGUAGGGAAAAUCACGGUUGUAACUCUUGCAAAAGAUCAGCGCCCACUAGAAAUAUUAGCCUUGAUGGAUUAGCUAGUUUACUAACUUAUCCUUGCAAGUAUAAACGAAACGGUUGUACUUUUGCCUCAAAGUGUGAACUAAUCAAUGAGCAUAACGACUCGUGUGAAAUGAGUGAUCUGUUAUGUCCGUUUAAUCAAACCACCUUAAAUUGCUUAUGGAAAGGAACAAAAAAACAAAUACUGGAACACAUAGAAAACAAGCAUCCUGAAUAUUUGUACGAAAAUAAUACUGUAAUUUCAGAAAAGUUUCAAGAAGGAUCAACCUACUACAGGGUAAUAAAAUUUUACAAACUUUGUUUUCUGUUAAACUUUAAAAAAGGGUCAUUCACUUAUUAUUUUACUGUGCAAGCGAUUGGUUACUUUCCACACCAGUACAAAUUUGAAGUUGAGAUUCAAGAUCCUUCUACGGAAGGUAUUAGAUUAGUGGCCAGCAAACUUUGCGCAAAGAAGAUGGAAAUAAAUAGUAGAAAUUGUUUUAAAAAUGUGAAAAAUUAUUGCACUUUCCAUAAUAUUGAUGCAUUUAAAACGGACAAUGGUAUUAAUUUUAAGGUUAAUGUUUUCAAAUAAUUGUCCGAUUCUAAUAAACCGCUUAGGAUAUUGUUUAUUUUCUGUUACUAGUUUGUUACUUUGGAUCAAAUAAAUAUUUUUCUUUAUU